GAUUGCCGAGGGCAAGCUGUGACCCCCCUCCUCCGUUUCCGAGCCGCUGUUCUCGUUCGAAACCAAGCACAGAUGCCUGCGCUAGGUGGGUGUUUAGGGUUUCCAGUCAAUGCAAUCGUGAAACAAGUUUGCCUGGCUGCUCCGCCUGCGCCUUCCGUCUCAUUUACUGUAACCUUUUUUUUCCGGAAAGGGGGCGGAUGAGACUUCAGAGUCGAUGCGAAAGUCAUCUUGGUCGACUAGACUAGCCUUCGUCGCAGUUUCCGGUCCUCAGUCUAGGUUCUCGCUCCUAUCGCGGUCCCAGACACAGUGCGAUCAACAAUUGAGGCGCCUCGAGAGUUGACCUGCUGACGUUUCGAUUCGAACUAGAUAGGCGCCUCGAGUGGUCCUGCUUCCUCGACGAUCCAGGCGUGGGGGUUUUGCCUGCCUUGCCUGCCUACGGCACAGCACACGGUAUCGAGGUGACUUGUAGGGUGACUCAAAAGCGCACUCCGCAAUCUCGGGGAUAAAUUGCAGCUUGGGGGCGCAGUUUGAACCAUGGCGCGAAACUUCCAAACGGCUCUUUUGCCGCUGCUGAUGACGCUGCUCGCUAUAGCGGCCCAUGUAACCCUCACGAACACAGAAUCACAACCGGUAGAAUCACAGUCUUCCUCUUCCUCCUCCGCCUCCUCCUCCUCUAUUUCCCGCCACGUGUCGCUAGGAUCUAGCAGCUACAGCCGGCAGCUCUACACGGUGUAUAUGAAGGCGCUGCCGCCCGUGAUAAGCUAUCACGGCGGCGUGGACGGGCUACAGGCGACGGCUACAGCCGCCGCUACAGAGGAGGAUGAUGAGGAGGAGGAAGAGGGGGAGACGGCGGAGGAAGAGAGUGUAGGGUUGCGAAACGAAAGAAGCAGACGAGGGGAGGCCGGCGAUUACGACUAUCGGGAUUAUUACGGUGAUUAUAGAAAUAGUGACGGUAGCGAUGGUGGGGAGAGACGGGAUUCUUACAAAGAGGGGGGAGAUAAGUCGGUUGGGGACACUAUCAAGGAUAGGAAGGGGCGGAACGGGAGGGGGAGGGAUGACGAAGCGAUUUCGGCGAUGCAGGUUGACGAAAGACGGUUACAAGAGGAGCCGUUAAAAGAGGAACGGUUACAAGAACAGCGGUUACCAGGAGGAGUUUCGCGAAGAGAGGGUUCGCGGGACAGAAGGCGGUUGCGACAGGCGGGAGAACACGAGCUAGAAGCGAGACACGCACAAUCGGGACAUUCGGAGCAUCAACCACACGAAAGACGGUUACAAGGCGAAGGGCUACAAGGAGAGCGGUUACGCGAGAGACGACUCGAGCGGCGGUUACGAGCCGGUGGGCUAAUGGGCGGCAGCAUUCGUCGGGAUUUAAAAGAUAGUGGCGGGGGGAGCAGCAGCAGCAGCAGCCGCAGUAGGUCAAGAGCUAAGGCGUCUCGACCGGAUGCAUCGUCCGCUCACGUUAAAGCUUAUGCGCAGCAUCUUAGAUCGACGCACGAGGAGACUCUAGCAGCCGUCGGAUUAAGCGGCUCGGACCUAAUUUAUAGCUACCACUAUGUCGCAAAUGCGUUCGCGGCGCGUCUUACGUCAGACCAGGUCCGGCUCUUAAAGCGGCACCCUAGCGUGCACCGCAUUUCACGGGCGCGAUCUCUUCGACCAAUGACGACGCACGUCCCGGAGUUCCUGCAGCUGCCCCGGACCACGUGGGCCGCGUUUGGCGGCGCGAGAUACGCCGGCGAGAACACGGUGAUCGGAUUCGUCGACUCGGGGAUAUGGCCGCAGCACCCGUCGUUUUCCGGUCGCGGGUAUUCUGGCUCGCAGCUUCUGCCGGGGUGGCGCGGGGUGUGCAACGUAACGCGUGACUUUAACGGGUGUAACAAUAAGAUCGUCGGAGCGCGGUACUAUAUGGAGGGGUUUCUGCAGGAGUACGGCGCGGCGGCGAUGCCCAAGGGGGAGUACAUGUCGCCGCGCGACGGCAUGGGGCACGGCACGUUCUGCGCCGGUGUGGCAGCAGGCAACGCGGGCGUGAAUGUGAACUACGCCAAUCUCGGUUCCAUGAGCGGGGUCGCUCCGCGCGCGCGCGUCGCGGUGUACAAGGCGAUUUGGGGCGGCAUGAGCAGCCUCGCUGACGUCAUGGCUGCUGUGGAGGAUGCGGUGAAGGACGGUGUAGAUGUGCUGUCGCUCGCUGUCGGGGGGACCGAUGAUAAUUACUUCAACUCGAUCUUCCUGUUACGGGCCGUUCAGGCGGGUGUGUUGGUGGUGGCGCCAGCUGGCAACAACGGGCCUCCCCCAACCCCCACCUACUGGCGCACUCUAACGAAUGUUGCUCCCUACAUACUCACAGUGGGCGCCAGUUCCAUCGAUCGUGAGUGGAGCGCCACCCUAACCCUUGGCAACGGCACAGUUCUCUUUGGCCUCACCCAAACCGGCGGCGACGGCGUCUUAACCGCCAACCUCUCCCUCAUCGACUCCGAGGAAGUGCGGGCCAAAGGCGCCGCCUUCUGGGAGGCGCGGCAGUGCCGCCCGGGAAAGAUCGACAGGGACAAAGUGGGCGGCGCACUGGUGGUGUGCAACAUCGGAGGGGUCAGUCCGGAGGUUAAAGCCCGGACAGUGCAGGACGCGGGCGGCAGAGGCAUGGUGCUGAUCCCAAGGAACAUCAAUGAGAGCGUGCGCAGCGUGAGCGGGAACUUCCCGGUGAUUUCCUUCGGGUAUCCCAAGGGUGUCCUUAUAAAGAGCUACAUCGCUCAGACAGCAAGUCCCACUGCUACUCUCUCCCAUCUCGUUUUGGAGCAGCCAAGAAACGUGAGGUCGCCCGUCAUGGCGUAUUUCUCCUCCUCUGGACCCCCCUAUCGUCCCGGUCGGCCAUACCGGCCUCUCCCCACCGUCACCAAUGACGUCUUAAAGCCCGAUUUAGUCGCUCCCGGGCUUACUAUUUUGGCUGCUGCUGCGUACGGGAACUCCCCGGGGUUCUCGAUGCAAUCUGGGACGUCGAUCUCGUCUGCGUGUGUGGCUGGGAUAGCAGCGAUGGUGAUGCAGAAGCACCCUGAUUGGACGCCGGCCGCCGUGAAAUCCGCACUGAUGACCACGGCGCGAGUCAAAGACGCGUGGGGACAGCCGAUUCAAAUGUCAACGUGGGUCGACGCGAAUCCAUGGGUGUUCGGAUCGGGCCAUAUAGUACCCUCUCGAGUCCUAAGCCCGGGAUUGGUCUACGACGUCGGAAUCGAGGGGUAUAUCAAUUUCCUCGCGGGUCUUCGCUUCGGGCUGACGAGGGGGAUUUUUCGCCCGAUAAAGCCGGAGCCCGUGAAGCCGUACAUGCUCAACCAGCCGAAUAUCGUCAUCGCGCGGCUGAACAAAACGGUUCAGGUUACCAGGCGGGUUACCAACGUGGCGUUACGAGCUGCAAAGUACACCUGCUCACUCGAAGUGCCGGAUGGUACGCAGGUAAAAGUGGUUCCUUCUCAGUUUAAUAUAUAUCCAAACCAAAGCGUUUGGUACUCGGUAUGGAUAACCCCAACAAUAGCUAGAAUACGGUUUUCCUCUGGUAGCAUAACUUGGAGUGACGGUCUCCAUGUGGUUAGAUCCCAGCUUGUUGUGCAGCCAAUGCAAGGCAUAGAUGUGUAAUUUAUAUAUGAAGUAAUGGCAACAAAUU